CUAAGCUCAAGCCCUCUUAAAGCUGUUUUUCUGCUGGAGAUCAGCGAGAGCUAACGACACACAGCUGCCUCCGCUGAAGACAGAAGGACGAGAGGAGAACAGAGGGAGGAGAAAAGAGGAGCAGGAGGGAGUAGGAGGAAACAAAACCACCAGCAGCCUCUGAACUUCUGCCUCUGUGUGUGUCUCCAGCGCUCCGGUGCAGUCAUUCUUCAGCAGGGAGUGUUUUCUGCUGUAGUUCAGGACUUUUUUGUGUGAGGGGGGUGGAAAAGAAGAGGAAAAGAAGAGUUCACAUGACAUAAUCGGAGUGAAUGGGUUGCCAUGGAGACUCACCCAGGGAGCCUGACCCGUGCUGAGUGAAUGGAGGGAGCGCCUUGGACGUCAAGUGAACGAUAAACUAACGGAGGGGAGUCACCAGAGAGAGAGAGAGAGACAGAGGAGGGAGAAGGGGUGGUGGGAGCAGAGAGGAGCAGAGAGGAGCAGAGAGGAGCGGAGCAGAGGUUGAGAAUGGAGGACGGGUUUUCCAGCUACAGCAGCUUGUAUGACACCUCAUCACUGCUACAGUUCUGCAACGAUGACAGCGCGUCAGCAGCGAGCAGUAUGGAGGUUACGGACCGCAUCGCCUCGCUGGAGCAGAGGGUCCAGAUGCAGGAGGACGAGAUCCAGCUGCUGAAGUCGGCUCUGGCCGAUGUGGUGCGCAGGCUCAAUGUGUCCGAGGAGCAGCAGGCCCUGGGGUCACGCAGAGGACCCACCAAAGACCCUGCUUUGAUGAGAAAGUCUUCCUCAGCAGACAGCAAUGUUGGGAAGUCAGCCAGGCCAAUGAUUGCCACCCUGCCGUUACGGCCCACAGUAAACAACGGGACCAUCCUACCAAAGAAAGGCAGUGGCACUCUGCCCUCUCCAUCUGGAUCUGGAUCCAGGAAGGACACCAGCACACCAGCCAGCAAGAGAAUCCUCUACCUGCCGCUCAGCACUGUGAGGAGAGCCAACUCAAAUGAACACGUGGGAACUCUCACACGGAAAGAUUCAGGCGACUCCAAGGGCAACCGAACUCGCGCUGGAUCCACCGGCAGCAAUUCCAGCGGCAAAAGAAGUGACAGCAAACAGAGGGACCCAGUGUUCAAUGCAGGGACGCGCCGUGUGACCCACUGCAAAGAGGAAGGUUAUGUGAAAAUGUACUUGAAGGGUCGUCCUGUCACCAUGUACAUGCCCAAAGACCAGGUGGACAGCUACUGCCUGGAGGCCAGAGCCGAGCUGCCCAGCAACAAACUCAAACUGGACUGGGUUUAUGGUUACCGUGGCCGAGACUGUCGCUCCAACCUUUACCUGUUGCCCACUGGAGAAACGGUGUACUUCAUUGCCUCGGUGGUCGUCCUGUUCAACGUGGACGAGCAGUUGCAGAGACACUACACCGGACACACGGAUGACAUCAAAUGCCUGGCCGUCCACCCUGAUAAAAUCACCAUAGCAACCGGGCAGGUGGCGGGCACCUCUGCCGAUGGAAAACAGCUGGCUCCUCAUGUCCGUGUGUGGGACUCUGUCAGCCUCAACACGCUCCAUGUCCUAGGCGCAGGCUUCUUUGACCGAGCCUUGGUCUGCUUGGCUUUCUCCAAGUCGAAUGGAGGAAAUACAUUGUGUGUCGUAGACGACUCCAACGACCAUGUCCUCUCUGUGUGGGACUGGCAGAGAGAGGACAGACUGGCUGAGGUCAAGUGCUCCAACGAGUCGGUGUUUGCUGCAGACUUUCACCCGACAGACAGCAACAUCGUGGUGACCUGCGGCAAAUCCCAUCUCUAUUUCUGGAACCUGGAGAAAGGCGUGCUGGUCAAGAAGCAAGGCCUGUUUGAGAAACAGGAGAAGCCCAAGUUUGUGUUGUGCGUAACCUUUGCAGAAAAUGGAGACGCCAUCACCGGAGACUCAAGUGGAAACAUCCUGGUGUGGGGAAAAGGCACUAAUCGCAUCAGCCACGUCAUCCAGGGAGCUCACGAGGGCAGCAUCUUUGCUCUGUGCAUGCUGAGGAACGGCACGCUGGUGUCUGGAGGCAAAGACCGCAGGCUCAUCUCCUGGGACAACAGCUACCAGCAGAUACAAACAGUGGAGGUGCCCGAGUUAUUUGGUCCCAUUCGGACCAUAGCAGAGGGCAGAGGAGAGAGUGUACUCAUCGGGACUACCAAGCACUUCGUUUUGCAGGGGAGUUUGGAUGGAGAAUUCGUGCCCAUUACACAGGGUCACACUGACGAGCUGUGGGGUCUGGCCGUCCACCCCUGGAAGCCUCAGUUCCUCACAUGCGGCUACGACAGACAGGUCUGUCUGUGGGACUCAAGUUCCCAUCAGCUCAUCUGGACCAAGAGCAUGGAGGAUGCUGCCCAGUCAGCAGGCUUCCAUCCGUCUGGAGCUGUGGUUGCAAUAGGAACCCAGACUGGCAGGUGGCUGGUGCUGGACACCGACUCUAAGGAUCUCGUCACAGUGCACACAGAUGGGAAUGAACAGCUGUCUGUUAUGUGCUACGGACCAGAUGGUAACUUCCUUGCUAUUGGUUCCCAUGACAACUACAUCUACAUCUACGCUGUGGCAGAAAAUGGAAGGAAGUACAGCCGAGUGGGGAAGUGCUCGGGUCAUUCUAGUUUUAUCACCCAUCUGGACUGGUCAGUGGACUCCCAGUACCUGGUAUCAAAUUCAGGGGACUAUGAGAUACUGUAUUGGAUCCCAUCCGUGUGUAAACAGGUGGUCAGUGUGGAGACCACCAGAGAUAUCGAGUGGGCCACCCACACCUGCCCUCUGGGCUUCCAGGUCUUUGGCUUGUGGCCCGACGGUUCAGAUGGCACGGACAUCAACGCUGUCUGCAGGUCCAGCGAUAAAAGCCUCCUGGUUACCGGAGACGACUUUGGGAAGGUCCACCUAUUCUCAUACCCUUGUUCACAGUUCAGGGCCCCCAGCCAUGUUAACGGUGGCCAUAGCAGUCACGUGACCAACGUGACCUUCCUGUAUGACGACAGCUACCUGGUAUCAACUGGAGGGAAGGACAUGAGCGUGAUCCAGUGGAGGAUAGUCUGAGGGAGCUGACAGGAACGGAUCCUGUUUGUUUCUUACUGCUGCUGGGGCCUGAAAACCAGCUGAAGUGAACUGAACUGCACUAAACUGAACCAAAACAAACUUAAAUUAAAAAAAGAAAACAGUGGAUCUGCCUGAACUGAAGUGAAUUGACAGAAGGGGAACUAAAGGUUUUUCUUCCCGAUCUGCUCUCAGAUCCCAGAUGAGACGAACUGUUGGAAGUGUCAUGUGCGGUUGCUUGAAAUACAAAAAAAAAUCCAUAAUAUUUCACUUUUUCUUUACUCGCACUACAUGUAAAAAAAAAACAAUUUUCACGUACUGUAGCCAAGUCACCAAUGACAUGAGAUAAAACAAAUUGGAUUCGACUAAACAGAACCAAAGGCUCUGACUUUCUGACUGCAUCUGUAUAGUUUGGCUUUCACUGUUCUUGUAUUGUGCGCACUCCUGCCACAGAUAACGGACUGAAGAGGUUCCAGAUCGAAUAUCGUCGUCGCGCUGAAGAUCCAAGAGCAUUGGAACAAAAAAACUGUGUAUGGAAAGAAAGAGAGAACACAGUGAUUUUUCUAAUUGUUCUUUUACUUUGUAUUUAACAACUCAGGAAAGCACUUCUGAAGCGGGACUCUCCCCUGUUAUUAACAUUGACAUAUCACACAGAGCCCUAAACACAUCUCCCUAAAACAGAGACGCAUCAGUUAUAUCAAACUCAGCUGUUGUCCCGCCAUUAUUGACUCAUUUGCAUUGACUAAUUGUGUCUGACAACUACAAUCCCAAGUCUAGGCAAAUGCUGAAUUUUAGUGGACAUGAGAUGUGAUGUUGCCCAAUUUAUGAUCAUUUAAGGGCACUGAAAAAUGACAAUAUCUGGAUUUGGAUUGUCUCCAUUAUCUGAACAUGUUCUACCUUUUUCAUGCUUCCAAGUCUUUAAAAAAAGACACUUUUCCUAUUAUUUAUAGAUCAUGAGUCAAAUCCUCCCCUGCCAAUUUCAGUUCCUUUGAGUUUUUCCCUGCGCUAAAACCUUGUUUAGUCCCAGAUGUGUAAAUAUAAGGAGAGGCUUGAAAUAGAUAUGAGCAACGUGUGGAUGAAUUUACAGCAUUUGAAGCUGUUUCACAUUUUUGAUAAAUGAGUUGUUGUGUCUUUGCCUUGUGCAAAGAAAACUGAAAAGCAAGCAUGAAUUUUGUUUUUUUUUUUCAAUGAUGUGAAGCCUUUUCAAAUCUGUAUCUAUCUGUAUUUUACUGCACCGGGAUCAGCUUAGGAAGAGGAAGGAUGAGACCAUUACACUGUAACUGUUUACGCCUGAUGUGCAUCAUCAGUCACUGGCAAGAUAUUUAACUGAACUGAACCCUCUUGAGGUGUUUUUUUCUAUGAUGCACUGCUUCAGCCUGAUAAACAUGCAGCAGGUUCAUUAACCUGCACACACAACAAGCAAGUCACCAUUUAGCAUUUACCGGAGCUUUUCAUGAACCACCGAUGUCAGCUUUCCUGUCCGUACACCUGCUGUACGUCACACUUAAUCAUCUUAUGGGUAACCGUAGAUCAGUAUUACACACAUGCAUGAUUAAACAAGGUUUCUUUGACAGGAGUUUAGCAGAUUUUGGCGUGACCAUAACUGCCAGUGAUACAUCUGAGGCACAUUAGUUUGAAAAGCCUGGCCGUUGGCUGAUGGUUGGAGUCGUGUUAUCAGGAAACCACUGAAAUCUAACAGCAGUCAUUUAAAGUCACCACUCUACAGAGUGAAUGUAACGUGAUUUGUCUUACCACUAAACACUUGGGACUGCAGAAUACCAUUGAACAUUUAACAUUUGUCUGAAAGUAAAUGCAACAUG